UUUUAUUUUUUUGGUAACAAAAAGAUUUAGAUUUCUGCUCACGUACUUUAGCUCUUUCGUCCCUAUUUAUACAUCUUCGGUUCAUUCGAUCACUCCCCUUUUCCCUCACCUCCCAAUCUCCCCCUCCAUAUCACUCUCUUGCUGUCUGUGUUCUUCCCUGCAUAAUGGAGCCCUGCCCUUCGAUUCAAUCAGUUACUGCGUCGUCCAUCUACCCCGCCGACGGCGGCUUCCCACGCAUCACGUCGGAGUGGGAUGCGGAAGAGUUCAUGGCGUUGGUGUCGGAAAUGACGAACGGAUCCGUGAUCGAUGAGGACGUGAAAUCGGGCGAGUUCAUGUGUCAGAGUGUCAACAGAGGUUUCGCCGGCGGUGAGGAUGCAUACUUCAACGGCGUCAGCCUCGAUGAGCUUCAGGCCGCUUUGGAAACUGAUGUGAGUGAAUUUUCAGCUUCAGGAGAACUAGACGAUAACAAUAUUGCCUGGGCCCAAAACAUCACUCCCAGUCGUUCUCCCAUUUCCUGUAUCACCGAGUCUCCCUCAUCGAUUUGUGUUGGAAGCCCCACGUCAGCUAAUCAACCAAACCCAAUAGGUAAUCAAGCAAGAGGAGCAUCAAGCGGUGAGCAGUCUGACGAGGAUGAUGAAACAGGUCCCUGCGAGCAGAUCAUAGAUCCCACUGAUAAGCGCGACAGAAGGAAGAAAUCUAAUCGGGAGUCUGCAAGAAGAUCGAGAAGAAGAAAACAAGCGCACAUGGCUGACCUUGAGACGCAGGUUGAGCAACUGAGGGUGGAAAAUUCAAAUCUAUCCAAGCAGCUUAUAGAUGCUGACCAACAUUUUCGUGAGGCUAAUACUGAUAACCGAGUGCUGAAAUCAGGUGUGGAAGCGUUGAGAGCCAAGGUGAAGUUGGCAGAAGACAUCGUGGCUCGUGGCUCUUUAACCACCUUAAACAACCAGCUUCUUCAGACUCCAAGUCAGCACCUGAACCCACACAAUAAUCUGCGCAGAUCAGCGGCCCACGUGUCUCCAUCCAUUCCAGUCCAGGGAAACGAUGCCUCGUCAUAUACUGCCUCCAUGACGGUUGGUGCUCAGAAUCCUGGUCUUUCACUUGAGAACUUAAAUAUCACCACUAACAGUUUCAAUCCCUGGAAUCUCAAGUGAUGCUGCGAGCCAUGCGACUGAUCGAUCAUAGAUGUUUAAUUUGGAUCCCAUGACGGUUUCUUCACUCAGGUUGACAGCAUUUGCUUUAUAAUUUAAUAUAUAUGUCUUGUCUAAUAUUUAGGUUGGAGAGUCGAGUGGUAGAGUUGGUCUGCUAAAUAGAAGUAGAGAUCGAGUUCAUUAUAAAUAAAUUUGGGGGCUUUCUUUUUAUUGAGAAUGAUCCACUACUUAUUUAUGCAUGAUUGACUUAAUUUACUUGUAUUCCGAGCAAACUCGGCCAUUAUUCAGUCUUAAAGUACGUAUGAUUGGAUUGAUCAUGUGGUUGUUUUCUCUUCAUGCGCGUCUGUUCCAUCAAAACAGGAGUCCUUUCUUUUUC